GUGUCGCUCGCGGAGGCUGCGGAGUUUGCCGGCUUCGGGAUUUGUUGGGGCGAGCCGCAAGAGGCAGUCCUUAGAAUGAGUUACUGAGUGGCCCGUGGCCGCUGCAGGGGAAGAGAUCUAGUUAAAAGUCAAGGGGAAGAGCUUACAUCAUCUGAACGGCAGGAGAUGCCUACAUAGAAGGGUGACAGCAGCUGGACUGAAUGUUUCACUGUUGAACUGGUUCCUCAGGUAGCCUGGCUCUGGUGACUGCUAUGGGAGAGUGGAUGACUGUUACAGACCCACAUCUGUCUUCAGAAAGCAAAAAUAUCUGUCAAUAUACCUCAGAAACAAAGAUGUCUCCAUCAAGUUUAUUCUCACAGCAAGUGCUAUGUUCUUCAAUACCUUUAUCAAAAAAUGUGCACAGUUUUUUCAGUGCCUUCUGCACAGAAGAGAAUAUUGAACAAAGUAUUUCGUAUCUUGAUCAGGAAUUGACUACUUUCGGUUUUCCUUCAUUAUAUGAAGAAUCCAAAGGUAAAGACACAAAGAGAGAAUUAAAUAUAGUUGCUGUUUUAAAUUGUAUGAAUGAGCUACUUGUACUUCAGCGGAAGAAUCUUCUAGCUCAGGAAAAUGUAGAAACACAGAAUCUGAAACUGGGAAGUGAUAUGGACCAUCUGCAGAACUGCUAUGCAAAACUUAAGGAACAACUGGAAACCUCCAGGAGAGAAAUGAUUGGGCUUCAGGAGAGAGACAGACAGUUACAGUGCAAGAACCGGAAUUUGCAUCAGCUACUGAAAAAUGAAAAAGAUGAGGUACAAAAAUUACAAAAUAUCAUUGCAAGUCGAGCUACUCAGUAUAAUCAUGAUAUGAAGAGAAAAGAACGUGAAUAUAAUAAAUUAAAGGAACGUCUGCAUCAACUUGUUAUGAACAAGAAGGAUAAAAAAAUAGCUAUGGAAGUUUUAAAUUAUGUGGGGCGAGCUGAUGGAAAAAGAGGCUCCUGGAGGACGGGUAAAACUGAGGCCAGUUUCUUCCUCAGGAAUGAAGAUGAAAUGUAUAAAAUUCUCUUGAAUGAUUAUGAAUAUCGUCAGAAACAAAUCCUAAUGGAAAAUGCUGAACUUAAGAAGGUUCUUCAGCAAAUGAAAAAGGAAAUGAUUUCUCUUCUUUCUCCCCAAAAGCAGAAACCUAGAGAAAGAGCAGAUGAUAGUACAGGAACUGUUAUCUCUGAUGCUGAAGAAGAUGCUGGGGAACUGAGUAGGGAGAGCAUGUGGGACCUUUCCUGUGAGACUGUAAGAGAGCAGCUUACCAACAGCAUCAGAAAACAGUGGAGAAUUUUGAAAAGUCAUGUAGAAAAACUUGAUAACCAAGUUUCAAAGGUACACCUAGAAGGUUUUAACGAUGAAGACGUCAUCUCACGACAAGACCACGAACAAGAAACUGAAAAACUCGAGUUAGAAAUUCAGCAGUGUAAAGAAAUGAUUAAAACUCAGCAGCAGCUUUUACAGCAGCAGCUCGCUACUGCAUGUGACGAUGACACCACUUCCCUGCUACGAGACUGUUACUUGCUGGAAGAGAGGGAGCGUCUCAAGGAAGAGUGGUCCCUGUUUAAAGAGCAAAAAAAGAAUUUCGAGAAGGAAAGACGAAGCUUUACAGAAGCGGCUAUUCGCCUCGGCCUAGAGAGAAAGGCAUUUGAAGAAGAAAGAGCCAGUUGGUUAAAGCAACAGUUUUUAAAUAUGACUACAUUUGACCACCAGAACUCAGAAAAUAUGAAACUUUUCAGUGCCUUCUCAGGAAGUUCUGAUCGGGACAGUCUAACAGUGCACUCAAGGCCACGGCAGAAGAAGCCUCACGGCGUGUCUAACGGAUCUCUGGUUUGCGCAUCCAAACUUACUAAGUCUCUUCCUGCUUCUCCUUCUACUUCAGACUUUUGCCAGACACGUUCCUGUGCGUCUGAGCAUAGCUCCAUCAGUGUACUGAACAUAACUCCUGAGGAAACUAAACCAAAUCAGGUUGGAGGAGAAGGUGCAAGUCCAAAAUGGAGCAUGGCCUCGGGCCCUGGAUCACAGGAAGGUUGCUACAGUGGCUGCUCCUUGACCCACACGAACUCCCAUGUAGAAAAAGAUGACUUACCUUAGACAUGCAGCCUGGACUUGUUCUCACAAACACGUUCACCAGAUUGCACAUCUCAGCUGAAACAGGGUGUGUCAUAAAGUCAUAAAGUCCGUCGUCUCUGAUAAUUUAAGAUGGUCUGAGGUGUUUGUUUGGACUUUCCUGUUCCUCCCCCAAAGAGCUAAAAUGUUGAAUCUAUUUAAAAGGAUAUAAAAGCUUUGGAUAUGUAUUUUUAGUAACAGAAGCAUCUGGUUCUGUGAAUAGAGGAAUGUAUAUGUUUGGAUGGGAACAGAAGCACUAGAAUGAGUUUCCUCUUAUAGGUAUUAAAAAAUAGCACUUUUAAGAAACUGAUUAUUGUAAAUGUUUUAAUUUUGUCUCAUAUGUAGUUGGCAUUGGAAGUUUAGCCUUUACUUGAAUGUACACUGUAGAUUUUUAACAAAGCAAGUUCUAUAUUUAUUAUGUUUAGUGUGAUUUGAAAUUUCCUCUUUCAUAUGUUUUAAAUAAAGUGAAAUUUAUGUAUGUUUUGUACAUAGAUAUACAUGAUUAUGUUAAGAGGCUUUAAGAUUUAAAAAUUUUACACAUCCAUAAUUAUAGUAUUUCAUGCCAAUAAAAUUUUUUUAGUGGUAUUCUGUUUACAGAUGUGUUAGAGCCAUUGCCACAUUAUGUUCAAGAAUUUUUUGAAUGCAUCUGAGCAAUAAAUACUCAAAAGCUG